CCGGGCAAGUAGCUGUUUAAAAGCUGAAUUCGCCAUUUCAAAAAAUUUCAAGGUUCAGUGAUUUCCCAGCCAGCCAGCCCAAUUGAUCGUGACGAAUCCCCGCAUUCAGGGAACUCCCAUAUGUGACUGGUGUUUCCAGCCAUCGAGUCGCCACUGUUGACAGAUUUUGAACGAUCUCAACCUUUCAUGCUUCGAAAUCUCGAUCGCCUGCCUAGACACGCCGGUCGUCUUCUUCAGCGCCAAUACUCUUCAACUCCAGAGAACCUUCCCUCUUCCGUAUUUCUAAGAACUUUUAUGGAUAGCGCAAAGGUCGGUCCUGUUCAACAAACCAUGGAGGCCAAGCUCCAGGAGGCUUUCAAUCCCAGCAUUUUGGAUGUUGUUAAUGAAUCCCAUCUUCAUGCUCACCACGAAGCCAUGAAAGGAAAUACUGACAAAGAAACUCACUUCCGAGUAACCAUCGUCUCCGAUGCUUUCGCUGGAAAAAACUUGAUGCAGAGACAUCGCUCCAUCUAUACCUUGCUCAACGAUGAACUUCAAGCCGGUGUACAUGCUUUGUCAUUGAAGACAAAAACUCCGCAAGAGAUUGAAAAAUCAUCAUAGCAUCAGACAUUCGAAAUAAAUACCGGUUAUAGAAACAUGAUAUGCUCAAUAUGUGCUGAAGUGUAUUGUGGAUGAUCUCGCUAAAUCAUCGUAAUAACAGCAUGCCUUAGUGAAGCAACCUUUUAGCGUAACGCUAUCACGAAGAGACAAGGCUAUAAUUUAUAGUCCUUUUGUCAUUAAAAAAACUUCUCCAACACCAGGGUAAAACAUAAGUCAUUCCUCA